AUGGCGGCGCAGGUCGAGAUUGAGGACCAAGCGUCCGUCACCGAACUUGAUAAUGGCGAAAUCUUCGAUCCAGUUUCCGACGAUGCAGAUUCCUCGGCUGGAUCUUCCUCCUCGACCGACUCAAUGAUUCUUCUCGGCGAAGGAAACCCCGAGCACGACGUCAUCAGGACGUGUUUGCUCUCCGGCAUGGGCACCCUAUCCAGCGACACGACGAUCGCUGCGGUGCGUAAGAAUUUUUCGGAAGGGAUCACGACGAGGGCGAAGUACGUUGCGUUUCGGAUUUUCACGGAGGCCAUGGCGAGGAAGAACGGCGGAGAUCCCAAUGUGAAAUACGGCUGGUACGCCGGCUCCAGAGACGAGAUCGAAGGUAUCAUCUCGUACGGAUUCAGCAGCCGCGACGUCGGGAAAUUCGAGAACGACGAUGGCUCCUCUCACGGAAUCGGAAUCCAUCUGGUUCCUUCUAAGGCUUCAGCUACAGAACCAGACGAAGAAGGUUUAAGGCAUCUUCUCUUAUGCCGUUUGAUCCUCGGGAAGCCUGAGCUAAUCAUCUCCGGCUCUAAACAGUCGUCACCGAGCUCGAUUGAAUUCGAUUCCGGUGUUGAUAAUCUCCAGAAUCCUCGAAAGUAUGUCGUGUGGAGCUCUACCAUGAAUUCGUACAUUUUACCGAGUUAUAUCGUCAGUUUCAGGUCUCCUCGUCUCAUAGUUGUGCGUAGAGGUGGUUUUCCUGCGAGGCCAAGCUCGCCGUGGGUUAGUUUCGCCGCCCUGAUGUCAAUGCUGUCCAAGUCCAUGGAUUCUUCAAGGAUGAACUUGAUCUUGAGAACCUUCGAUGAUUUUCGGAAACGGAAGAUCCAGAGAGACGAAUUGGUUAGGAAGAUGAGAGAAGUGGCUGGAGACAAUCUCCUGGCAGAGAUAAUCAAGAAUCACAGAGACAAAAACAAGGUCAGGGUUUGAAAAAGGCACAAAGAGAUGAUAUACAGAGAGUAUAAGCUAGUCUUUUGUUUAGUUUUUUGAUUGAUAAUCAAAGAAUCAAUACUAUUGUGCGUUUUUUUUUCUUUUCUCAUCUAAUCAAAUUGAUGGAAAGUGAAAGUUAAAAAGUCUUCUUAUUCUUUCUUAUUGAGCAAGGAUUGUUUCUUUUGGGGUAUAUAUAUAUGAUGGAAAAAGGGAUAUUUUCUUGUUAAAUUCCACAUCAGCUUAUAGACCUUUUGACGUGUGUUGUUCCAAUUCAUGCAAUGUUUGUGGCCAUUCAUUUGAUUUCAUUAAACAUGGAG